AUGUCUUUCUACUCUACUUUGAUUCAUGAUGCCGGUACCGAUAGCCACGCCCUCUUUAAGACAAUUGAUCGUCCAUUUCAAAGAAAACCUGAUAAACGUCUACCCUAUUGUUCCUCGUCAGUUUAGCUUGCUAAUAGAUUUCCGCCUUUUUCAAAGUAAAAAUGGACAACCUUCGUAGUGAGCUUCCUGAUGAUGACCUCCCUGACUAUUUUGCUGCACUUGAUACUCCUACAUAAGUUAAGCUGUAGCCUGGAGUAUUUUUCGCCCACCACUAUCCACGAACUCUCUCAAAUAGCUCGUCAAGUUGGUUCCAAAUCAAUUCGAGCUUGGUUCCUCUCCCUUCAACUCUUUUCGUCACUCAGAUCGACCUCCUUCUACCUGUUUUAUAUAACAUCGUGAACCUUUCCUUGGAAACUGGUAAUUUUCCACGAUCUCUUAAAUCUGCAGUCCUGUCACCGCUCCUUAAGAAGCCUUCACUCAACCAUGAAUUAUUACGGAAUUUUCGACCAAUGUCCAACAUCAUUAUUGUGGAUGUCCAAGAUCAUUGGAAAAGUCGUCGCUUCCCGUCAUAUUUACUAUCUUGAGCUGAAUCACCUUGGUGACCACUCCAGUCUGCGUACCAACGCUUUUACAAUUGCAAGACAGCUUUUGUCCGCAUCCAUAACGGCUUAUUACGUGCCGUAGAUAACCGAUGUUGUGUGGUUCUGCUAUUACUCGAUUUAUCGACCGCUAUUGACACUGUCGACCAUAAUUUAUUACUCAGUAGACUCGAAUCCAAGUUUUCAGUUCGUGGUAAAGCAUUGCAGUGGUUCAUAUUCUAUCUUUCUCAACGUUCUCAGUUUGACUGUAUGUAUCGACCUGGAUAAAUCCUUUUCUCCUGAAUUGAAUUGCGGCAAACCCCAAGGUUCCGUGUUGGGUCCAGUCCUCUACCUUCUCUACACAUCACCUGUGGCUGACAUUCUUCGGCAUCACAAUAUGGCUUUCCAUCUUUAUGCUGAUGACACCCAGUUAUAUGCUUCUUUCUCCUGCGACGACGACUUGGGAUUACAAAUUAUAACAUGAUAUGAGUAACAUCAAAAGAUGCCUCCAAAUACAGUCCACAGAAGGUUAGUCUUUUAUCCACUUCAUUUCGGUGCUGAUCUCAUCCAGCCCUCCCAACAUGUCAGAGACAUUGGUGCUAACUUGACUGUACUCUUUUCCCCAGGUUAAAUCCCUCUGUAAGUCAGCUUUCUAUCAAAUGCGGAACAUUGCUCGCAUUAGGAGGUAUUUAUCUCCCAAGACUACUGAGUUGCUUAUCCAUGCCUUUGUCUCCUCGAAGUUAGAUUUCUGUAAUUCUCUGCUUUAUGGCAUCCUUAAA